AUGGUUUCAUCCUUGAAUGAAAAAUGCGUAGCUAUUGUUGCACUAGAUACUGCUGAAAAAAAAACAACGGUACUUCAGUCGGUUUGUAACAGCCCUCCGAUCUAUUUGGAUGAUCCAAAUUUAAUCAAUGAUCCGAAAAUACAAACAUUUGUCAAGAAGUAUGCUAUUGAACACAUUUCUACUACACACAAUUUACCAUUCGUAAAAGUAGAUAUUACAAAUGUACAAACAAACGGAGAUAAAUAUAAAAUUGAUUUUACCGGACAAGUGAAAUAUGAAAAUGGUGGCACUGAUCGAAAAAUAACAAAAUGUCAAAUUAUUCUGAAUAAUCAAAAACUUUUAUUGGAAUCUAUUUGUAUUAGAUAUCUCUCGUUAUAA